AUGGCGAAAGCUCAGCUUCUCGAGGCGCAGAACGCAGGAAGCAGCGCGAUGGAAGCCGCGGGGCGCCCUGCGCAUGCCGACUGCACAUUCCGCUGCGCGCACGCCUCGCCGUCCACGGAAACGGCUUGUUAUCCACAUAACCAUACCGCUAGGCAAACGGCGCAUGGCGGUCACGAGGAGAGCGGCAAUCGCGGCGAUAUCAGGGGCUGCGACGAUCGCGCGAACGACGUCGAUCGCGAUGGUGGUGCCGAGGAGGGAUGCCCCGUCGCUCCGUGGGAAACGGAGCUGCGGCGGGAUAGGGACGUUGAAUACACCACAAAUCUCUCGCAAUGGCUGCGCGAACGAGCUGACGUGGCGGAGUCGUGGAAGUGGAAGCACGUUUCCAUGCGAGACGCAUUGGAGUCCUCCGGGGCGGUGCGACCAGUGCGCUUCUACCUCUCGCCUUCUCGAAACGCGCUCCACUGCACGUGGUGCUUCAGCCAGGUGAUGGUGGGGCAUCCGCAAGUCGUACAUGGCGGCGCAACUGCCUUCGCCUUUGACGAGACCUUUGGCGUGCUCUUCGCCAUGCUGGGCGUGGGCCAUGGCUUCACUGCCAACAUCAGUGUCAACUACCGCAAGCCUCUGCCGGCGGCUUUCACUGCAUGCAUGCACGUUGCCCUAGACCGAGUGGAGGGAAGGAAGUAUUUCUUGUGUGGCUCCAUUCGCAGCGACCCGAGUGAGGACGCGGAGAUAUAUUCUGAAGCCUCAGCUCUCUUCAUCAUCCCACGCCCCCCGAGCUCUGAUCGUGUUCCACGUGGCCCGCCGCUUCUCACGCUUCAGCAACUUCACGUACCGCGGUUGACGCAUGAGAAAGGUGCUGCGAUUCAAACACGCGCGCACAGCCAUGGCUUUGGCAAGGUGCGGCCGCGGCGAGAAAAAUCGGUUUCGCCAUCAUCCGUAUCACCUUCAGCAGCAGCAGUGCCGUCGUUGCGACUCUUUACACCAUCAGCCGCACACCAUAAUCCUUGCGUGCUGCCGCUGCGUGCUAUUCUCCUCUUGUCGCUGCUCCUGGCGCCAUCACCCCCAUCCCCCUUCUCCCCCUCUCCUUCGGGAACGCUCCCACGCCACUCUCUCACAGCCGCCGCCACUGCCAUCAACCCUGUCCAGUGGCCCACCGUGCAGGAGUUUCUUCUCACUGCCGGCCCGUUCCUCGAGUCUUCUACGUGGAACAGCGGAGCCACAUGCACCGGCUUUUCUAAGCAAACGCAAGGCCUCUUAUGCGACAGCAACGGCUUUGUCAUAUCUAUCGCCAUAACAGGCUUGAGUCAGAGCAUCCCGUCGGCACUCUACCAGCUCACGACCCUCGGUGGCCUGUGA